UCCGGCAUCGGUACGACCGUCGAUGUUCGGCUCGGCUCAGUCAGUCGUCGUUCGAGCAUUAGGCAACAUUUAAUUUUAAUUUUAAUACUUAAGUAGUUCUAAGUGUACAUAACACUAUCGAAACGGAGCAAAACGGAAGAGAAGGAAAAAAAGAAUCAAAAUAAGAUAACAAAUCAUCGAACGAAACCAACCUCGAAGAGUUAGUAAUCAACCGCAGACUUCACACAAAAGUAUCCGCGGAUCGUAUGAAACGAAACGAAUCUGUUGAAACAAACAAAAAAAAGAUGAUUAACAGCUGUGAAUCAUAGCGGACCGAAUCGGAGGAAAGUAAUAUUCAUCCGGAGAAUCGCACAGGAAAGCAAUUGGAAGAAAAAAAACCGAAGCUUCUACAACAUCGUAAUUUUCUAUUUCGAAAUUCAACUGCAAAGAAAACGACCCAACGAGUACACCUGUUUGGCAAACGGUUUUAAGUUAAGUGAAACGACGGAAAAUAGUUAAGUUCCGAUUUUUUAAAACUACCCUCUCGAAACACAAGCCCACGAAAGUGACGAGGUGUUUUGGUAAUAAUCCGUGGGAGGAGGUCCUUUUGAGACUAAGUGCGAUUGCUCGAAAGCAGAUCCGAAGGGUGAAUUUUAAUCACAAAAAAAAAACAAACAAAUACGUAAAUCCUGCAAAGUGAAACAUACAAGGGCUGCAGAACAGUACGCAAAACCUCCCCAACCCGGGCAGAAAGGGUGUCGAAAAGUAAGACAACAAAUUGAGGAAAAAUUUGCGUGAAUAAGUGCGUACGUGCGUGAGUGAACGACGGGUGGUGAAAAGUGAUUCUCAUCCGCGUCCGCGCGAAAGUGUGUGUUUGGUUGUAAAAAUAAUUGAAACCUGAACCGACCCGGCCCUAAAUUGUGCCCAAGUGUGAAACGUAUAGAAGCUGCCAGUGACCGAUAGUAACGGCAUUGCGAAUAGCGUCACACACGUGGAGUGCCACACCUUGUGCCCGACGAACCCAAACGAGGGUACACUCCCGCAGGCCGUGGUACGAAAAAUUGGAUCGAUCUAUAGCGGCCCGACACGCUGGGGACGCACCUCGGCCACACGAGCUGAAGUAAAUUCAACCGAUUAGUCUUCCACGCGCCCACGAUCCAGCACAAACACCCGAACGAACAAACAAACGAGCGUUCUAGUUCAGUUUUUCGGGGACGAACAAAACAUCAGGCGAAAAAAGGACACGCCAUCGUCCGUUACAGUAAACCGGAAGACGGAUAUCCUCACUAAGACACACCGGUUGAGUGGAGGCGAUUGCAGGUGCCCGGACUGAAAGGCCCACCUAGUGUUGGGUGAGAUUGUUAAAAUUAAAAUUUAAAUGUUUAGCCUAAACGAAGAGCAUCACACGCGUACGCAUCAGCGAAAGCCACAAAAGCAGUAAAGAGAAAGCCUGACACAGGAAAGGAACAAGGGAACGAACGAAAGAAUUUGCCACGAUGUCAGCGAAUAUCGGUGAAAAGUCCUGCGAGACACCGGGCGCGAUGAAGUCGGUCCUUAAGAAGGGAUCGAAGCAGGAAUACGAAGAACUUGCACCACCAAAGGAUACGAACGGCAGUCUGAAGCGCAAGAAGGUGUCGGAAAAAGCGGGUGUAACAGUAGCAGGACCAGCUUCCGGGUUUGACCAGCCAGCCGAUCCGAUGUCGGAGUCGUACGCAUCGGUGGUGAAGCAGGCCGAGAAGGAAGUUGAACAUGCAUCUCCAGUGGUGCAGCCUGUGCCUUCUUCGGCCGCACUAGGAAAUCACUCGAAAGCGAACGGCAAGAGGUUAAAGCUGGACAUUAAGAAUCACGCUGCGGACCAGAUGCACGGUGAACAACCGGUUGGACUGCUGCACGGCGAAAAGGUGACAGUUGUCCGCAGUAAACCACCGAUUCCACCGAAACCGGACGUUCGUACGCAACCACAGCGCGUAUCGAGUGGAGGCAGUGCUGGCGCACCUAACCCCAACGGAGCAACGAAGGGAAAGAAGCAGCAAGUAACCGAGGCGCAGGCGGCACACACCGUCCAGAAGCUGCUGGCUCAGAACGAACAGAUGCGACUGGAGCUGAGCGAGCUCCGAAGCAAUUUGGCUGCGGAGCGGAAUGCAGUGCGAGUGUUGCGGGCCCAAAACGAGUCCGACCUGCGAAAGACGAAAGCCGAGUGCAAGAAACUGCAGGAAGCGCUCCAGCACCAGAAGCGGAAUGCCGCGGUCCAGUGUCAGGGGGUCCCGGCGGGUGGCGUCCCACCGGCCAAGCGGGCCAACCGGGGUUCAGGAGAACCGGAGAUCGUGGCUCCGGUGUCCCCCGGUGGACCGGGCACUCCGCAACAUCAGUGCAGCCUGGAAGUUCUGAAGCUGAAUCAGGAGAUUUCCGCCUUGCGGGAAACGAACAAGUUCUUAGAGGAAAAAUAUCUGAUUUCCUCCGAGGCUGAACGACGGAAAGCUUCUGAUAUUCGCGUACAGCGUGAUCUGCAUGAACUACGAUUGACUCAACUUUCCAAGUCUGCCAAAAACGAAAUUCAGCGACUGCUGGAGGAGCUAAAGUCGAAGGAGCGCAGCAUAGCGCAGCUCAAGAAGGAGCUACAGGCCGCCCAAACAUCCGGCGGACCCGGUGGCGGAUGUCGCAAGGAGAGAGGCAAGGCUGCUAAAAAUUCCGCUCAGCAAUCGCACGAGAUGCGAAAAUUGCGUGAGACAGAACCAUGUAGCGGAACCAUCAGCAAGAGCAACAGCAACCACAGCAUCCAAUCCGUCAACGAAGAUUACGAACAGCUGGACACGAAAGAAUCUCUGGAGUUGACAAUCGUCACGGCAACGACGACGACGGCGACAACGACGAGCUCCUCCUUCCCAGCGGUCCCGGCAGCGGAAGUUGCGUCGAGCAGCUUUGACUACAGCGACUGUCAAACGACUCGGAACGCUCUAGUAGCACAGGUAGAGAACGUAGAAUUAGCGAUAGAUACAACGACGUACGGCAACGACGAUGAGGCUCAACGGCCAACGCUGCCGUACGAAUUAUGCAAACGAACCAUGGAAGCUCACAGCCACGACAACAGUGGUGCCAGUAGUGUAGUAAUAGACUCGAAACGACUACGCCAGAUCGUGGGAGAGCGACAGGCCCCCCAGCACCUGCCCUACCAUCGAGCGGCGGAAGCAGCGAAAACAUCAACGGAACCGGAACAGGUGUCGCUUGAAUCGACGUCCGACGCGGACUCCGCCCUGUCCUCGAUGAGUCCGCAGCCGAACAGCUUCACCGGCGACUCGCCGGACGACGAUCCCUGGAAUGUUCGGCCGAAUGGCGGGUCGAAUGGCGAGGGCAGCGCCAAGCUGGAACGGUUCAAGCAGGAGCUGGACGAGCUGCAGCGGCUCAACGAUAGUCUCAGCCGGGAUUAUACGGCGGCCAAAGCGAAGAUCGACCAGUUGGAACAGGAUCUCGUUAAGGCAACACAGGCGACACGAGAGCAGACGAAACUAAAUGAAAGGAUCAACCAUCUGAUGCAGCGGGAGGAGGAUCUUCUGAAGGAAACGCACGAAUUGCGCGAACAGAAUGAGCUGCUUGAGUUUAGAAUCAUCGAGCUGGAAGAAAGUCAUGACAAGUGGUCGCUACGAAGCAAUUCGAGCCCAACCGUUGGCGGCGGCACGACGAAAGAUGGCUGGACCGACACGGAGAAGGAGCACGACGAGCUGAUCAUGAUGUCGGAACGGUCCGACUCGGGUGUUACCUCGCCGAACAGCCACCACCACCUGGAGGACCAGCAGAGUGGCCUACCAUCCCCGUGCGAUCUGUCCCUCCUCGAUCAGAUCCCGACGGACGACGUGCGCAAGCGCGUGAUAGCGAUGACCAAGCGUGCCUGCUACGACGAGGAGGACAAGCUGUGUCUACUGCAGAUCUUGUCGCUCCUGAACAACCUGGAGGCGCUGUCGCAGGACCACGAGAUCGCCGGUGACGACCUGAGCCUCGAGCUGCCGGUGCAAAAGUACAACUACAGUCUACCUGAGAGUGGCUGCCCGCCCAAGGUCAGCUCCACGCCGUACAAAGCGGCCCGCAUCGUGGCGACCGUGCAGCCGUUCCACAGCACGGAAUCGCAACCGGCAACGGCGGCACCGGCCGCUCCUCAGGCGAAGGCACCAUCGAUCGCAUCGAUCGCCGAAACGUUCGGCGGGAUGAAGAAGACGACGAGGUGGAACAACUCCACCAGCCUGCAGGAGAGUGGCGUGUUUGUGGACGAACCGUGCUCGAAUGCGGCCACGCAGACCGAGCUGGAAGACUUCCCGUGCCUGGAGAAGACAAACGCGGAGCUGUGCGCGGAAAUCGAAAAGCUGAACCGCUUCCGGGAGAAGAUCGAGGAGUGCAAGGGAGCGGGAGUGCCGGCUGGCGCACCACAUGCCACCAACGCAGCUGGCAGCGUCCGGGGCUCGAUGGUGGGACUCAAUCUGCCCGCCCCGACCGGCGAUGAGGCCUGCGACCGGAGACGACUGCAGUUCUACGUCGAGCGGGCGGCGAUGCUCGAGAACAAGCUGAAGGUGUACGAAAGCAGCGGCGACCAGCAGUUGCGCCACCUGGCGGAGCGGAUGGAGCGCGAGGUGCAGCUCGAGAGCUGGGUGAAGCAGCUGUCGGAGAAGAUCGGCCAGCUGGAGCUGGAGAACGAGCGGCUCGAGGAGGAACGGUGCGAGCUGGAGGAGAUCGAAAACGACACCCGGUUGCGGUUGCAGCGGCUCGAGGAGGACGUGGAGGUGAUGGGGCAGCGCAACGACGAGCUCGAGAUGUCGCGCAGCUCGUACCAGGCCAAGUACCAGGACGCGAAGGAGACCGCCAUGAGCCUCGAGGAGCUGGUGCACAAGUACGAGGAGAGAAUAUUCCUGCUGGAGGAGAACGAGAACGAGCUGCGGGAGCGGAUCGAGAUGAUCUACAUGUUUAUCCCGCUGCUGCUGCUCUACAACAGCUGGCAGCUGCACGAGCAGUUCAAGGAGCACCUGUGCGCGCUUCAGCAACAACAGCAGCAGCGCAGCGACCACGCCAUCCAGUGCAUCCCGAAGGAACACAUCGAGUACUUCGAGAGCGGAAGUAGCGCUCAGGCGGACGACCUACAGGUGCGUCUCGGCGAGCUGAUGAACCGCGAGAAGGAGCUGACACAGAACAUCGCCGAGCUGAACCGUGCCUACAACGAGACACUGGAGAACGCGGACAACCUCUGGGCGCAGAUGGAGCGCGAGUACAAGGAAAAGAUUGGCCGGUGCGAGCUGGAGGAGGCCAACCUGAAGUCCAAGAUCGCCCAGCUCGAGGAGCGCCUCAGCAAGGACAGCGAGUACGCUAGCGAGCGUAUCGCGCAUCUGGAGGAGGCCGAGAGUGCGCUCAAGGGUCGCAUCAGCCGACUUGGCAAGGAGAACAAGGAGCUGGCGGCGAAGCACGGCGCCCUGGUGGAGGAGUACGGUACGCUCAAGGAGGACUACGUGCAGCUGCAGAACUACCUCCGUGGGCCGGCAGCCGAAGCGCUCGAGCGAGAGAAGAAGCGAGUGCUUGCGCUCGAGGAUGAAUUGGCACACACCCAGCAGAUGCUGCGUGACGGUGAGGAUUCACACCGGUCGGAAGUCGGCAUACUGCGAGGUCGACUACUAGCUUCCACCAAGGAGCUGAACCACAGCGAGGUAACCAACAGUGAGCUGAGGGAGGAAGUCGAAACGUUGGAGGCGCGUAUCCGGGAGCUGGUGUCCCUACGGUCCAGCGAUGAGGAACGCAUCAAGCAGUUGACGGAAGAACUGGAAGCCAAACAAUCGCAGAUAGUGGCACUGCAGCAGGCACGCAGGGCGGGCGGUGGUGGUGCUCGGUCGUCGGCUGGCCGCAGUUUGGCGCAGGAACUUGAGCGACCUCUCAAGGGAGGUGCAUACACCCGACACGGUUACGAGGUACACCCACUGAAUCGGAAGUUCCCGGACAGCGACAGUAGUGCGAGCAGUAGCGGCAGUGGCAGUGAGGACAAGCACAAGUUUCCAUUUGCGCGACCGUCGGCGUUCGAGACCAAAGAAGUGAAGAGCCUUGCGGAGACGAUCAUCCUGAACGCCGAAAGCAGGGGAGUGAAGACGCCAAAGAAAUCGUUCGUAGAGGAAAUGAAUUAAACCCGCCAAUAACCAGGAAUGCCUUCCAGCGGUACCGGUUGGAUACUACCACAACGCACACCAAGGUUAAGGACAAUCCCGCUGCACGCUGCGUCCCGUUGUCCAAGGCGCAUGGAAAUGAAAGAAAAUU